AGUUGGCCCGUCGGCGUUUUGCGUUAGCCUCGGCCCUCGAUGGACGCACCAGUAUAUUAUUCCAAGGCUGAAUUCAUCGAAACUGACACAGGAAACAAAGUCUCUCGAAGAGCCACCAUAGCUGGACCUCAGAACAUCAUUCUCGGAGGAAAGACUAUUAUUUCCAGCGGCGCAAUCAUCCGGGGAGAUCUUCGCAGAACAGGUCCUGGUCAUGCCGUUGUCAUUUCCCUUGGAAGGUACUGCCUCGUUGGCGAGGGUUGCGUGAUGAGGCCACCAUACAAGACGUAUCGCGGAAAUUUCAAUUACUACCCAAUGAAGAUCGGGGACUAUGUUCACAUUGGUGCCAAUACCGUUGUCGAAGCUGCGACGAUCGGGAAUCAUGUUGUCAUUGGGAAGAAUUGUGUUAUUGGAAAGUUUACAAUCAUCAAAGAUUGCGCACAGGUGGCAGACAACACUGUCAUUCCUCCCAACACUGUUAUUCCAGCUCUGGCUCUAUUUACUGGCUCGCCAGGUCGCUUUGUCGAAGAUUUACCAGAGUCUACACAAGAGAUGGUUGAAUCCCAGACAAAACAGUACUAUAGUCGUUUCCAACCUUUAGAGCGAUGAUUAGGCAUCGUGAUCCUCUAGCCUUAGCCCACUUACCAUCACUUCUACCAUCAGAUCAUCCUUAUCAUGUGUGACCUCUGGAUAGUCACGUUAUGCUACUCGUAUCCUUCUCUCCCAUGGCUUUUGUCGGCACUGCCUCGGAGUCAGGCUCAAAUCCCUUACCCACACCAAUAGGUUGAAGUAAUGCAGUGUGUACUUGUGUCUAAUUUAAUGCGCAGCGUCUCUAAGCACUACGAGACUCAUCA